AUGACUUUCAAUCACGCUACUGAAGCCAAUGCCGACGCUAUCAUGGACGUGGAACUAGCACCGAUCCAAAUCGGCAGCAAACAGGAUGACCCGUUCUUAGUCGUAUUUACAGCACCCUUCGAUCCAGAUAACCCCAAAGAUUGGCGAAGUAGUCGGAAGUGGGCUGUCACCGACGUUCUCUCUGCUACAGGCUUCAACCGCAUCAUGGUGUCGACCAUCAUGGCACCUGCCUUGUCGACAAUCGCGAAAGAAUUCGACAUGAACUCGGCCGAGUCCGCCAUGGCCUUGUCAAUCUAUCUUCUUGCGACGGCAUUUGGGCCCCUGGUGAUAGGACCGUUGUCGGAGGUAUAUGGUCGGAAGCCGAUUCUACAUGCCUCGAAUAUUUGGUUCUUGAUCUGGAACAUUGCCUGCGGCUUUGCACCUAACAAAGGGGUCUUGAUAGCAUCUCGCUUCUUUGCGGGCUUUGGUGCUAGUGCGGUUUAUGCGCUUGCUAAUGGUGUUCUGGGCGAUGUGUGGCGUCCCGAGCAGCGAGGUCGCUCACUUGGUGUUUAUUUGUUGAUCCCUUUGCUGGGCGCAGCUGUCGGUCCCAUCAUCGGUGGUUUCAUGGCAGAGCGAGCGACAUGGCGGUGGAUGUUUUGGUCCACUUCAAUCUUCCAAGCGGUCAUGGUUAUGGUCUCGUUCUUUUCCUUCUGGGAGACGCAUGAACCAUUGAUUCUUCGAAAACGAGCAGAGCAGAUUCGGAAGGAAACCGGAGAUUCGCGGUACUAUACAGCAGAUGAGCGCAUUCACGCCAACAAGUCAGCGAUCGGGAUUUUAGGCAGAGCUCUAAUCAGGCCAGUCCGCCUGCUCGCUUUCCACCCAAUCAUCCAAAUUGCGUCCUUGAUCUCUGCAUUCUACUACGGCAUUCUUUACAUCGUUCUGUCAACCUUCUCUGACCUGUGGACCCACCAGUAUCACGAGUCUAUUGAGAUCAGUGGUCUUCACUACAUCGCCGCUGCUCUGGGUGAGAUAAUCGGCAGCCAGAUAUGUGCCAAGCUGAUGGACAGUCUAUACCAUCGCCUCAAAGCACGCGCCAAUGGAGAACACAGUCCCGAGCUGCGCACACCGUCCAUCUUCCCAGGUGCUCUCCUCGGGCCCCUCGGUCUUUUUAUUUAUGGCUGGGCCGCGACUUAUCGAUUGCAUUGGAUCGUUGUCGACAUUGGUGUGUUUAUCACCAUGCUUGGGAUGCAAAUCACGAGUAUGCCGUUGCAGGCGUAUGUCAUGGAGGCGUACCCUCAACAUACCAGUAGUGCGGGCGGUGCGACGCAAUUCUUGCGCAGCCUGACUGCGUUUUUGUUCCCUCUUUUCGCACCUCGGAUGUACCAAGUUCUUGGGUAUGGAUGGGGAAAUACUACUAUUGGUCUAAUCGGGCUGGUUUUUGGGCUUCCUGCCCCGCUGGUGAUCUGGUACUAUGGCGCUAAACUCAGAGCGAAGGCAUACUCAAGCUAUUGA